GUUUACGAAUGGCGGCGCGGAUGAGUCGAAGCUUGAAUUUGACAGACAGUUGCUUUGCUCUGAUAAAAUUAAUGAUAUUUCACUUAUAAGAAAUAAAAUUGAACCGAGAAGAUGACGACAUAUGACGAACUCUUCGAUGCAGAAAAAGCUAGGGAGAACUCAACACCAAACAUCAAUCUUUUUAACUUUGAGGAUCCUAAAUUUGAGGACAGCAAAUAUGUUCUCACAAGUCCAAGGUCACUGGAGGCUUGUGCCAGAGUGGGUGUUAAGCCAGUAAAUCUGUUGUACAAGCCGUUAUCAGAUUUCCAGGAGGAGCUUCUUCCUCAGGACCUCCCUCUUAGAACUAUAUAUAACAUCUACGACGAACAUGAACAGGACAGACAGAGAAAAUUGAAGUUAUGCAGGAGUGAGAGAAACAAGAUUGAAAUAGUCCCACAAUCAAAAAAGACUCCAAGGAAACCUCGCGGGAAAUCUCAGAUAGGGCGAUCUCAGUCGGCCCGCUCACCAGCCACGAGAAGUCGACUCACAAGGACUUUAUCAGAUGAAGGACUAAAUAAAAGUAAAGGCAGUCUACAGAGAAACAGAACAGCAUGGGCUACAUCAGUGGGUCAUAAACGGGUCACACCUAACGAACUCAAUCAGAGAAUGAAUGACCUUCACGAAGAGAGCAUGAAGCUGAGGAAUGAACUCUUGUCCAGGAAAGAAAGGCCGGGAUCUGCACGGGCUUCAAAAAGGUCUUCAAUAAAAAGAAGCAAGAGUGCCUCUAGUCUUUCCCUGUCUGGAACCUCACUGCUGAAUAAGAGUACGAUACGAGAGGCCAGGCCAAUAGAAAAUACAAAACUCAGGAAAACUCUCAGCCAAUCACAGGAUCUCUCUCAAAUCACUGCCACACCCAGGGACCAGAGAAUUUUAGAAUUAAUGAUGAUGAAAGGUGAGGGAGAGAUUUCAGCCAACCGUGACCGCUUCAUAGCUGACCUGGCUUGGGAAGAGCAGCAUAAACUGGAAGAAGAGGUCAAGGUCAGAACAGAAAUGAAAAGGAGGCAGCUACUGGCAGAGGAGAACAGAAUUAAGGAUAUGAAGAAGAAACAGAAGGACAAAAGAAGGAAGAAAGAGGAGGAAAAAUGGAAGGAGAGUGUAAAUAGAGAAAUACAGAACAGUUAUAAAGAUUGGGAGAGGCGGUCUCAGACCCAGCUAAGGAUGAGGGACCUACAAAUGUCAGACAGAAAAGAAAAAGAAGACCUGAAAAAGAGAUUGCAAGAAACCAAUAAAUCAUUCCUAACUCGAGAUGAAGAAGAAAUGAAGGAGCUGAUUCGUAUGAAGAGUGAGAGCGAUUUAAAGUCUGCCUCCCAGAAAAAGGAGAACAGACUACUACAGGAAACAUUGCGUAAGCUACUGGAAGACAGAAGUAAGAGAGAGGCAUUUGAACAAAGACAAAGAGAGCUAGAGAAACUUACUGAAAAAGAAGAGAUGAGCUUGAAAUCCAGCAUCAACAGAAAACACAGACAUGCCACCUUAAAUCAUCAACAGGCAUUAGAAAGACGAGACAAGGAAUUAAAUCUCAGCAGGAUGGAAAGAGAAAGGAAAUCACUACAUGCCAAACUUGCUCAGCAGAAGCUGGAAGAUGAAAUGGAUGAAUGGCGUUCUUCUAUCACAGACCACAGAAAAAUGGCAGAAGAACAUGCUUCAGAAAUAGUGGCCAGAAAAAUGGAUAUAAAAGCCAAACAAGCUCACGAAUCUCGUAUAGAGAAGGAACAACAGCAAAAAGAAAAACUCAGAUUGUUGGACAAGGAAGAACGACUUAGAAGAAGAGAGGUAGAAGAUGAGAUUUUAGUCAAGGAACAGCGGGCCAAGAGUGUGGAGCUGGACAAAAGUAUCACAAUACAAAAAUCACAUAUUUUAUGUACUUUCCAGGGAAGUGGCACACCAGUCCCAGAUACUGAGAAACAGCUUGAGAGAGAAAUAUGGUGGUGAAAGUUUUGACAAAAAAGUUCAGAAAGUUAACCUCUAUAGCAAACUAAAGCUUGGCCAAUACGUCCCACAAAGGAAAGUUUGAUUAGGGCUGAGUAGUCGUAUCCCACAAAGGGAAGUGUGAUAUAAGUUAAUUCCAUUUAUCUCACAGGGAAAGGUGAUAGCGUUUGAUGUACAGUAAAAUUUGGUUAUAAAAAGCCAACUUACAAAGAUAUCAUGGAUAUAACAAACUUUUUAAAUACUGUUAACCAACUUUUAUUCAUGACGACUUUAUCUCGGGAUUAACCGGGAAUAAACUAGCUAGCAAGGACUAAUUCUUGCGAUCAAGCCUUUUUGGAUCUGUUUUAGAUAGACAGAGAUACUGGUGCGUGAAUACAAAUAUUCGCAAUGACGAAGCUGUCGUGAACUUUGCGAAAAAUUUCUCACACGGGAAUUAAAGUUGGUUUACAGUACAUGUAGUUAGAAGACUUUCACCCUCACUGUUGCUGAUAAGAUUUAAAGAAUAUUGGCUAUUAAGGGAGCAAAUUACCUGAUCCUUGUGAUUUUCUGAUAACUGAAGUUUACUGUACUUAAUGAUAAGAAUCUGUGAUAUAAAUCAUAUAUAAAUAUACAGUACUGUGUAUUUAUGAAGUACAAAGCUACUCUUGUGUGUUUUUGAGACAACUUUGUCAAUUGUCUUAAGGAGAGGUAUCAGAUAGAGCUAUUGUUUCUUUCAGUAAAGAGUUUAUUCUGUGAAACAUUUUAAUUAUUUGAAAUUCAGAUUAUUUGCCAGACUGCCAAGCCACAAACAAUUCAUUUUUAUAUUUUACUUUAAAGUUUUUAGAUACCGUAUACUGGUAAGUGGAAAUUUUAGCGAGGUGCAAAUAUAGCGAUUUCCCCUUAAAAACGGGUAUUUUAUCUUUAGCGAGAAGUAAUUUUAGCGAUUUUAAAAUGCCCACUAAAGAAGCUAGUACAAAUAAUACAUUAUUUAUUCUUAGCAAAAUUCAAUUUUAGGGAUCUCAACAGCCUCGCUAAUAAUGCCAAAAUUAAAUCCUCACUAAAAUUGCUACUCAUUCGGUAUUCUUUUCUUACUAAUAAGAACCAAAAUAUUAUUUUGCAAAGUAUACUAUGAAAUCACAAAUUUUUUCGGGGGUUUAAUUUUCGAUGUUUUUGAGGUAUGAAAAGAUCCAUAAAUUUAUCCGCCAUGAAAUGUUAUUUUUCACAUAAAUUACUGCAUAACAUUUCUUCGUCCACGAAAUCAAAUUCCCACAAACCAAUAUAUAUUUCUCAAACCAUAAAAAAUUUGAUCCCCUCAAAAAUAAUUAUGUGAUUUUACAGCAUAGUGGACAUUUAUACAUGUAGUAGUGUAAAGGAUUUAAAAUGAAAGUUGUCAAUAAAUCUGUGAAAAUUGAAAAUUCUCUAAGCAUGAUUUUGAUUGAGCAUUCACUUUCAAGCAUUUAACAUUAGCAUCAAUGAUGCCUAACAACUUUUGCAUUAUUUAUGAAUUUUUUGUUUCUCAUCUUAUUGCUUGAAAAUGAUUCGAAAGUAUGAGAGAUUUGUAGUUUGUGGAAUGAAUGUAAGUUAUAGGAAGACUAAAUAGAUAUGGAUUAAAUUGUCGUAGUAUUUUAUAGUGGUCACUGUUAAAACUAUUCAAUGUUAUAGACUUAAUGAUUCUAUAAAUAUGCAUUCUUUUUAGUCAGUAGAUAUAGUCUUCAUAUUUAAGAGUUUAGGAGAUCAACUGUUUUAUGUUGAGAGGUAUACUUGUAACUAAUGAGCUCAUUUUAUUUUUUUUUAAAACAAAUGAAACUUUUAUAUGUAUGCUAUCAUUUCUUUGAAAGAAGUUUUUCUUCGGAUCCAGUUGCCAUAACAAUUUAAAUGAUGUGUAACAUCUGAUAAAUUUUAUGAAAUCCUAUUAAUGUAUUAUUGAUUCAUUAGAUUAUUAAAGGAUGAGGA